CAGGUUGGAACUUCUCUCUAAAACUAUACUCCACUUCUCUCUCUAGAAACACUGUUCUAACUUGGGCGUCGGAGUGCUGACGAGCCCCAAAUAAGGGGUUCGGUGCACGCCUUCGUGUGCAGGAACGAGGCGGAAGAUCGGAACGUGAUUCAGGGAGAGAGGCGUAUCGUCCAGCAGAGAGCUUCGGGUUACGUGGCAUAAACAUUGACUUAACGAUAUAGUAUGUUUGUUUAACGUUAUAAUUGAAAAUUUACAUGUAAACUCUUAGGUAUAAUGAUGUUAAAUGUACGAGGCGAGUAUUGCCUAUGUGUACCCGAAAUCCACAGGUAUUUGGAAGGGUUUGCAAAACCUUUCCCACAUAGGUAUGAGUAUGCGUAUGGAACGAGUAUUAGUUUGAAUAUUUGAAGGUGGAGAUUGGGAUGGGAAUGGGGAUAAUUUAGAGUGUUCCUAUUCGUCGCCCUAAAUAUUUAAAUUCUAUCGCCCUAAAACAUAGGUAAUUACAUAAAUGUCCUUCAUUUAAUUUUAUGGUUCAACCAUCCUAGAGUUAAGAACCCAACCCAUUUGAACUCUUUCUGAAACAAAAAAAGAACACAAAUAUCAGCCCAAAAACUAGAACAAAACACUAACACCACAAAAAUCAUUCACAAUCUUCUACAUUGGUAAAUUUUUGUUGGAUUCCGGCGAGUUUGUCGGAGGUAGAGGCAUCAUUAUUUUCCGGUCGCCAUAGCAUGCAGGCGCUUGGACUGAAGGUUUGAUUUCGUUUUCAUUUUUUUCCAGAAAAAUGGGUCGAGCAUGUUGAAAACUUGCCCCGACCGCUGUCCAAACAUGUUGAAAAUCUGUCUCGGCCAUGGAGCGGACGUGCUGCCAACCCACCCCUCCCACCCGUCAGGCAUCCGCGCAGCAUGUUUGGAACCGUGGCGAAGCGGGUUUUCAACAUGUUCGCCUUGCGGUCCGGACACGUUUUCAACAUGCUCGGCCUAAGGUUCUGUCAUGUUCUCGACAUGUCCGUCCAUUGGUCUAGUCCUGUUUUGAACAUGCUCGAACAAAUUUUGUGAUGUUAUGGACAUUUUUUAAUGAAAAUUCACAUAAAUUAUAGUAAUUAUGUUACACUCGUUGUGUAUUGUGUUUAUUAGGAAGGAGGAUAAAAAUCUUGUGCCACCAUCAUUAACCAACAAGGAAAUUAUUAUGGGUGAUUCGGUAAGUACUCGAUUUAUUUGUUGUUUUUCACUGGUCCCUUGAAAUAUCUCUAAACGCACUGGAUUCAACCGUUUCUCGAUUUGAAGUCAAUGAGCGAAGAAAGCAUGAAUAGUGUCAAAGCUUUAAUCAAAGUUUCGAGUGCCUUGGGUGUUAAAACCAGGAAUUUCUUCAAACUAACAUGAGUCUUUCGAUGUUGUGAACGAUUGUUGUUAGUGGAGGUUCGAAUGAUUUGGCCUCUAAGAUGAGGUUGUAAUAAGAUUGGUCAAAUUAACAUAAAGGUUAGUAGUUAUUACAUGAAUGAUACCUCGCAUGCAUGUACACCCACUAAUAAUGCCAAAGCUUUGAUUAGAACUAAGAUUCAUAAAUUAUUGUUGAAUUGGAAUGCGAUUAUUUUGUAAGCAUUUUAAAUUUGGAAUAGUUAUUUUCAUACCCAUAAGAGACCGACUACGUGGAUUUACAAUUAUCAUUAGUUUUAUUUAUGAUUCAAUCAUAAAUUAAUGAAAACAUUUUUAAAUAUAACAACUAAUAAGUACAACAAACUAUUUAUGGUAAUUAACCAUAUUAAUAAUUCACAUACUAAUCAAUAAUAACUCAUGUAAUCGUAGUUCUAAUCACAAAUUCUUUUGCAUACAAAUAAAUCACACAAUUUUUUUAUUUUGAAUAUCUGAAUCACAAACACUAAACCAUAGAUCACGAAUUCUAAUUUGUAAAUUACAUGUAUAUUCACAUAAUUUUUUUAAAAGACUGGUCUGACCAAUGAGCGAACCAGAGCGGGGCGGUCAUAUUUCUACCCGAACUAGAGCGGGACAGAUCGGAUAUAGGUCUUGACCAGGUCGGGGCGGGUUGAAAACCCGGCUGGACCCGUGGCGGGGCGGAUACCCUACUUGCCUCGCCCUGCCUCUAGGUGGGUAACCUACCCGCUUCUCCUCCGACCUCCGCGUAAACCCUACCCGCUCGACCAGCAAUGAGGCGGGUUGAAAACCCGUCGCCGGCGGGCUGAGACAGGUCGACACCACGUCUGCAGCCUGCCGGCGACGGGUUUUCAGCCCGCCUCGUUGCCGGCAUCAGAAAUAAAAAAAAGAAUCCGAAGGAGCAACUUUCACCACAGAUCUGGCUAGGAGGAAUGACGAUGACGGUGCGGCUUCAGGCGGCUUCUUCUGGGAUGCUACCGACAGUGAGUCUCGUGGUUGGCGGUGGGCUUCUUCUUCCUCCUCCGACGGGGAGAGUCUCGUGGCUGACGGCGUCGUGGGAUGGGAGGGGAGGGGAAGAGCGAACAGGUGGCUGGCGGGAAGGGAAGCCUCUUUGCUGGUGGCGCCAUGGCGGGGGAAGGGUGGCUGGUGGCGGGGUAGAAGGGCGUUGGAGAUGGGAGACGAUACAGGAGAGGGGAAGGGGAUGGGCUGGUGGGUUGGACUUGGGUGGAUGGGUUUAGGUUUAGUUGAGGGUAAAAGUGUCUAUUUGGAUAGUUUAG